GCUGAGAUUUCCUUUCGGUUCAUUAUAUUGAAUUUAUUCAUCUGAUUUGAAUUUUCAGUCGGCGUCGUUUCGCCAAAAAAUUAGCUAACGAGGUAAAGCAGCUGCUCUGGCCGCGUGCGAUUUUCAGAAAGAUUCCGGUCAGGCUGGUGAUGGAUACGAGGAAGGUGUCGGUAUCAAAUACAACUUCACCACGACAAUCUUCUGACACUGAGAUGAGCUCCUCAUGCGCCACCUCAACAGCUUCAGCCAUCGACGAGUCUGACGUGAGAUUCUCGUUUCAAGACACAAUUCAAGCCAUCCGACACAUGUCGUCCAACACUGAUGACUCGACCAAUCAGAAUGGGGUGGCCGCCGUCAAGACCAAUGGAUUCCACUAUGGGUCCAGCUCGAGCAGCUGGGUGCGGCUUAAUGUUGGCGGGAAGGUAUUCCAAACGACAAGAUCAACGCUGAUGCGUGAGCCGUGCUCGUUUCUCUACCGCCUGUGCCAAGACGAGAUGGGCCUCCCAACUGAUCGGGAUGAGACCGGCGCCUACUUGAUCGAUCGGGACCCGGACUUUUUCUCGCCCAUCUUGAACUAUCUAAGACAUGGCAAACUGAUCAUGAACCCGGGACUUUCGGAAGAAGGAAUUCUUGCGGAAGCUGAUUUUUAUAACUUGCCAAGUUUGAGUCAGCUGAUCAUGGAUCGUAUUCAAGACAGGGAGAAUAGUGUUAAAGAUGCGACUAACAAAUUUGUGUACCGCGUGCUGCAGUGUCACGAGGAGGAGCUCGCUUCGGUGGUAUCUGCUAUGACGGAUGGGUGGAAGAUUGUUCAAGUAGUCCCAAUCAACUCCAACUACACCAACUACACUACCGAACAGCCUCAAGAGUACCUGUGCAUCGUGGAAAGAGAGUGCCCCGACAAUGGAAGUAUGCUUGAAGGACAGGAUCGUGCAAAGCUGCUCCAGCAAAGAGCUAGACAUAAUUAAUAUUUCGAGCCGGACAAACUUUCAUCCAACUAUCUGGACAACUAUUACCCUUUUUUUUAAUUUUUUUUCCCUAAGUUUCACCACAUUCGUACUCAAAAACUCUUUGUAAGAGUUUCUCCACCUAUGCUUUUGUCUUAUUUGCACAUGUUUCUCCCCUUCCGAACGUGAUUAAAUCUCCAGUUUAGACAUGUAUACUUUUUUUUUCUUCUGAUUUCUUAUAAUUUAUAAGUAUGUCUUUUUUGGACAGUUGAAUUGAAGAAUUGCCACCAGUGGAGUUGUGGCUAUAAAUUAUAUUUUUUAAGAAACCUUCAAGUAACUAGUAUUAUUACACUUUCUCCAAACCACUCUUGCGGAUCUGUCAUUUCUUUCUAAGGAACAUUUUUUCCGUUUUUUUUGUUUCUCUAUUUUGACUUCAAAUUCUGAAAAUUUUUCAACCUAUUUCUUCGUGUCUCCCCAAAUUUCCCUUUCUACACUUUUUUCCACUAAUGAAUAAUGAUGAAAUGAUA